UAUCACUUAGCCAAGUGGUAAUCAAAGUAUGUAAAAUUAAAGUGAAUACUCCUUUACUAAAAAACAGAUACAAACUACAUCUUUGACGUUAUAUAUGGUGACAUCAACUAGGAGAUAAAUAUGUUUAUUAAAUCAUAGUUUGAAGUCAUAUAGUUCAAUACAUGAGAUCAACUAUUUCACAGUAACAGUAAUCAGUAAAAUAGCAUUGUGUAUUGUCAUAUGAAUGAACAAAGAAACCAUAACUUUCCCAAAAAAUCCUAAAUAUACGGUUCAUAAAUGUAAUCAAAAGUACUGAGAAUGAAAUUUCGUGAUAGUAUGUAGUAUACCUGAUAAAUGUAAAUAUACAGAGUAACAGUUUCCUAUGUCAGACAAUGUUUCUAACUUUUGAGUGAAAUUUAUCAAAACUGUGUUUGCUGUACUUUUGUGUCAUAUUACUUCUAUCAAUAUGUUUUCAAAUCAUACUUAAAUAAAUCAAAAAAUACUUAUGUGUCACUCCAUGUACCUACUUAGUCUGUUCAGUAAAGUACACAAAGAUAUAGAAUUUACCAUGGAACAUGAAGUUGAUGAUAAAUUCCAUUUCCUAGAUAUUGGAAUUAGGCGAACAUCAGAUGGCACAUUACAAAGACACAUUCACCGCAAAAAUACUUGGAGCGGAGUUUAUCUCAAUUUUAACAGCUUCUGUCCAAUGAGUUAUAAAAAGGGUAUUGUGCGAAACCUUUUUGAUCGCGCACGAAAAAUCUGCUCAAAAGAAUGCCUCGAAGAAGAAAUUACUACAAUCACCAAAUGCCUACGUGAAAAUGCAUAUCCGGAUAAAUUCAUCCACAAAUAUGCUAAUACAAACCCUCCGAUUAAGCAUGAUACAGUUGAAAAGAAAACCUGCUUCCUAUCCUUGCGCUUCAAAGGAGAUGAAGUCGCCGGAAUUAUCAAUCACAGAAUUAAUUCCGCUUUAAAAAUGACCUACCCGGCAGCCAAACUGACUACGUUAUGGAAAACAUACUGCUCACUGAAACAAACGAAAAUCGACAAGUCCUCUCCCCUCAGUUGCUCCAACUGCAUUUACCAAUUCACAUGUACGUGCCGUAGCACAUACAUUGGAAGAACUGAGAGAAGAGUACAGUUUCGCAUCUCUGAGCAUAUUCCGAAGAACUUGACGCUGCGAGGGACUAAAGCUUUUAACAGUGCAAUAGCUCGGCAUCUACUUGACACCGGGCAUACCGUCGAUAUUAUGCGCGCGUUUAAAAUUAUCAAUAGACAAAGAACUACUACCACUCACCGCUUUGCUGAAGCCAUUGCAAUUAAGAAACUGAAACCGGACUUAUGCAUCCAAAAAGAGACUUUAAUAAACUUAUCACUACCCUGGUAAUCCUUUCGUUUCUGUUUGUUUUGUGUUUUGGUUAUCUUAUUCAUUUACUUAUUCUAAGAUAUUUUAUACUGCCCCCUAUUACCUAAUUCUUAAAAUAAAUUUUAUUCACACAUUUCCACCACCUGAUCCUUUUAAAUCAUCUUAACUUUCCAAACCCUAUUUAAUUAUUAUUACGUAAUCUACCUUAUCAUUACUUAAUUCCAUUAAUCUCUACAAUUAUCACACAACUUAUGAACUUCACUAAAUUAUUACACCACUCACCCUGGAUUAACCCCCCUCUUUUGACCUCUGACCAGUUUCUAGCAUAUAUAUCUAGUUAUUAUUGUAAUCAAGUUAUUUACACUCAUUUAUGUCAAUUGUUUCACACUAUCUCCAUGUAAAAAUUCUAUCACAAUUUUGGUUUGUAAGCAGCUGACGAGAAACCUCGAAAUAAUAUGAAUUCAUACUAUUCUGC